AUGAUUGAAGACACUUUGGAGGUGUUCGUUGAAGACUUCUCGGUGGUAGGCAACAAUUUUGAUGAAUGUUUGUUAAAUCAUAGCAAGACAUUAGAGAUAUGCGAAGAGGAGAACCUAGUUCUAAAUUGGGAAAACUAUCAUUUCAUGGUCAAGGAAGGCAUAUUGGUCCAUAAAGUGUCUGAAAAGGGUUUGGAGGUGGAUAGAGAGAAAAUUGAAGUUAUUGAUAAGCUGGUUACACCUAUUUCUGUAAAUAAUAUCCGUAGUUCCUUAGGCGAUACAGGGUUCUACCAAUGUUUUAUUAAGGACUUCUUGAAAAUUGCACAUCCCUUGUGUAAACUGUUAGAGAAGGAGAUAAAGUUCACUUUUGAUGAGGCGUGCACCAAAGCAUUUGAAUUUCUCAAGGAGAAGUUAAUUUUAGUUCAAGUUAUUAUUGCUCCAGAUCGGUCGGAAUCAUUUGAGGUAAUGUGUGAUGCAAGUGGUGUUGCCUUGGGGGGUUGUGCUAGGGCAGAAGCGCAACAUCCUUCAGUCGAUAUACUAUGCAAGAAAAGAAUUUAA